AUAAGUUGACCAUCUUUAGGGACAUUAAUUCCUCCUCUCUAUGAUCUACACUACAUAUAACAUAUUCGAUAUUCCCCUUCCUCCCCACUAUCAUCGUUCAAAACUCUCUAAUAUUUCUUUCAUUCUCUCUCUCUCUCUCAAGAACAACAUGUUGGGAAAGAUGGGUUCAGUCAAGAAACUGGCCAAAAAGGUAAAAGUUAAAGUCGUUAAUGGCACAGAAUCACACCAUGAGUACUUGCUUAGGGAAAAAGAAGAGGCAUGUUCUUCCCCUUCUUGCACAACCCCAACUGGGUUUAUUGCGCUUUACAUAGGGGAAGAGAGAAAAAGGUUCGUGGUUCCAACAGGCUAUUUGUCUCAUCCUCUCUUCAAGAUGUUGCUUGAUAAGGCUUCAGAUGAGUUUGGGUUCGAGCAGAAGAAUGGAUUGGUGGUUCCAUGCAGUGUCACGGCUUUCCAAGAGGUGGUAAGUGUUGUGGAAUGCUGCAAUGGGAAAUUUGAUCUUAGUAAUUUGGUACAGGAGUUUAUUUAGUGUAAAGAAGUCAUGUGGUAAAAAGAGAGAAGUUGUGUUUCUAGCAACUCCCUUUUUAGGUUUUUAAGGAUGUUUAUGAAUAUAAUCUUUUGGUAUAUGGGGUUAUAAAUGAAUUAAUCCUUCAUUUA